AUGUCAGACUGGCUGAGCGAGCUAGCGUUGAUCCACACAGCACUCCGCAACCGCAUGGACGCUGGGAAAGCCGCAAAGAUUACUGCUGUUCGGAGCCAUGUACGAAAGACCAGUGAAAAGCCAAUUGUUCUGGAGAGCCCUGCUAAGCGUCUGGUUCCAACAACCGAGCCUGAUCGAGUUUUGGCGUUUGGUUCCCCUGAGCGACGAAGCUCAACUUCUAUCCAUGCCUGA